UGUCAGACCGUGCGCCUGUGAUUUCUAGUGAAAUGUUUUCCCUCUGAUUGAAUUGUUACUUUUUAAUUUAUAGAAGAUGGAUAUUUCUCCUUCGUCGAGUAUGAAUCACGGAAGUAUGUCUCACGAUGCGGAUUCGUUUCUUAAUAUUCCCGUCGAAUCCCCAAGUCUCGACGCUCUGGCAACGAAACGCAGAAGUUCAUCGAGAACAAUAAAACGUAGAAAGUUCGACGAUGAGUUAGUCGAAACGACAUUUAAUCUACAGCCACCUACAACUAGUGCCAAGUCUAAUUCUCGGUCACGCAGUGUAUCGAUAUCGACAGGACCAUUGGAUAUUUUACCGACGCAAACUCUGCCCAGUCCUGUGUCAGUCUCUGCAACAAUUCCACAGCCAGAUCGCUGCCCUCGUAAAAUAAGUAGGCCUAGUGGCUCAAACGGGCCUGGUAGGAAAAAUAAGAAAAAUAAGAAUCACUCGCAUUCGAUCAAUGCUACCAAGGAUCUUGGUCGCUGGAAACCGACGGAUGACUUAGCUUUAAUUACUGGCGUUCAGCAGACCAAUGACCUUAAAAUGGUACAUCGUGGUACAAAGUUUUCUUGUCGGUUCACUCUGCAAGAAAUACAACAGAGGUGGUAUGCAUUAUUGUAUGACAGUGCAGUUUCUCGUGUUGCUGUGCAAGCGAUGCGGAACUUGCACCCAGAACUCAUAGCCAGCGUGCAAGCUAGAACUUUAUACAGUAAAGCAGAAGAAGAUCUCCUAGGUACCGUUAAAUCGACUUCUGCACCGACGCUUGAAACUUUCCAAGAACUUCUGGAAACGAGUCCGCAAACUUUUUACCCAGCUAGGACUGCCAAAGCACUGCUUGCUCACUGGCAACUUAUGAAGCAGUAUCAUUUAUUGCCAGAUCAGUCGGUACAGAGUUUGCCCAGAGGUGAGCAUGUACUUAACUUCUCGGAUGCCGAAGAUAUGAUCAACGAUGCAGAACUCUCAGAACAAAAGGAUGAAGCUAUAGAUGCAGAGUUGGCAAUGAUUGACAGAAAAAAUAAAAAAGAGAUUAGAGUCCUAGAGAAUGAACUCGGCCGAUGGCAAGUUCUCGUUGACAGUGUAACAGGGGUCAAUCCACCAGACUUCGAUAAUCAAACAUUAGCGAUCCUUAGAGGCAGACUGGUUAGAUACCUUAUGAGAUCUCGAGAGAUCACCGUUGGAAGAUCAACAAAAGACCACAGUGUAGAUGUGGACUUGACUCUAGAGGGUCCAGCGUGGAAAGUCUCUCGGAGGCAAGGUACUAUUCGAUUAAGAAACAACGGUGAUUUUUUCCUGUCAUCGGAAGGCAAGCGACCAAUUUUCGUUGACAGCAGACCAAUACUUGCUGGCAACAAGAUGAAGUUAAAUAAUAAUUCCGUUAUUGAGGUUGCAGGACUACGCUUUAUAUUCUUAAUAAACCAGGAGUUAAUUUCUGUGAUACGUCAAGAGGCUGCAAAGUUGAACUUGACUCCCUGAAUGAUGAAUUGUACAUACUAAUUACUGGCAUUCUUUCAAAGACUGCAUACCGACAAAAAUGUCAAACGAAUUAAUGGGUAAAGUCAAGGGAAGCCAAUCCAUCCCAUGCCUUUCGAAAUUUUUGCAAAGUGCAGCCAACUGGAGAUGCACUUCUGGUUGAUUCAGUCGCAUGAGGCAUAUGCAAGUGCGCGUGUUGUAUUUAUACGUAUUAAAGGAACAGUCCUUCGCAAGAAUUUUACAUUUUCCCCCCUUAAUUAUUUGCCA